GCACUUGGAUAAAAACAUACAUUACCUGUCUGUCUAGUUUACAGAAAGAUACUUUUGUCGGGGUUCAUCAAGUUAAAGCAUGCAAUGUUCUUGUGUUUUGGUCAUUUACAGAUAGGAGAAGUUGCAUGAUAGUACAACCGUUUGGUCAAUGGCAUUGGACAAUGUACUAGAUCAAUCUCCUGAGUUUAAAAUUCACGGGAAUGACUGCAUCUCCACAGCUAAUGGAUCUAAUGCAUGGAAGGAGACACAACACCAAACGUUAUGGCCCAGGCCAUUGGUAAAAACAUGGACGGUGAUGCUCUUCUUGAGUACAUCUCUCCUGUACUGCUCUAGGAUGACACUGCCUAUCUGUGCUGUUACAAUGGCAACCCAGUUUCAGUGGAGUAAGACAGAUUCAGGGAUGGCGUUGGCUAGUUUCUUCUGGGGUUAUUGCUUCACACAGAUUCUGGGAGGACAUGCCAGUGACAGAAUUGGAGGAGAGAGUGUCCUGCUGCUCUCCACAACUGUCUGGGCUAUCAUCACAGCCGUCACCCCCUUUUUGGCCAAAUUUGACUGGAACCCCCUUGCUUCCAUGAUGAUAGCCAGGUUCCUUAUGGGGUUAUCACAGGGCGUACACUACCCAUCUUUGGCCAGCCUUUGCUCUCAACGCGUAGUUGAAGGGAAGAAAGGCUUUCUGAUGAGUACAAUGGGAAGUGGUUCUUAUCUAGGAACAAUGAUGGUUGGAAGCCUGGGAUCCCUGAUGUUGGAACACUAUGGCUGGGAAAGUGUUUUCUAUGGCACUGGUUUACUAGCUGGACUGUGGUCUUUAGUUGUGUGGAGGUAUUUACUUAAAGGAGAGGUUAUUUCAGUGCUGAGACUGUCGAAUCAUGCUACUUCCAGUUCGAGUUUCUCAAACCUACGGUGGCUAAGACUGCUCAAACAGCCAUCUGUGUGUGCCAUGGUUACCACUCAUAUGUGUUACUGCAGUGCUUCUUACACACUUAUAUCAUGGUUACCAACCUACUUCAAAGAUACGUUUCCUCACGCCAAGGGAUGGGUGUAUAAUGUCAUUCCAUGGUUUGUUGCCAUUCCAUCAGCACAAUUUGGAGGCUGGCUUUCAGAUUGUCUUAUAAUGCAAGGAUAUGGCACAGCAGCUGUUAGGAAAAUGAUGCAGUUCCUUUCCAUGGGUGUGUCCAGUGUGUUCAUCCUGUUCCUCUGCAUACCAGUCAAAUGUCCCUCUGCUGUCACCCUUAUUUCUGUUACUAUGGGCUUGGCAACUUUUAACAGCAGUGGAGUAGUAGUGAAUGUUCAAGACCUUGCCCCAUCAUGUGCUGGAGCUCUAUUUGGAUUUAUGAAUAUGUGUGGGGCAUUCACAGGACUGAUUCUGGUCUAUUUAUCUGGCUACUUGAUUGAGGUCACCACAUCCUGGGUGCCAGUGUUCUCAAUCAUCACACUGGUGAAUGUUGUGGGCAUAGCAGUUUUCCUGAUGUUUGGAGAUGCCCAGCGUGUGGACUUGGAAGAAACUAGAAGGAUCACACAUAUCUGACCUACUAAAAGUGUAUUUACCAACUAUGUAUUGUGAUUGCUAUGUGAUGACUAUGUCAUUUUGGUUUGUGUUUUUUUUACUAGGGUUUAAAUAAACAUGUUCCUAUUCACAAUAA